AUGAGAAAUACGAAUAUCCCGUCGGGCUCACCACCCAAAUAUGAGGUUGAUGACCCAAGUUCCUUGGCACCAAGAUGGUGGGAUAUGAGAGCGUGGAGUAAGAAGAAGUGGGCAAUUUUUGGUGCGGGAAUCAUUGUAUUGAUAAUUGUCAUCGUGGUGGCUGCUGUGGAAGGUUCAAAAAAGAAUGCUUAUCCAGAUUACUCACAAUUGAACUAUACACUGAAGGAUACUUACUCAGGGACUGACUUUUUCGAUAACUUCGAUUACUUCAAUAUCUACGAUCCAUCAGCCGGUUUCGUUCAUUAUGUUGAUUCCGAAGUUGCGGCUCAAUACAAUUUGACAUAUGCUUCAUCAAGUUCUGCAGUUAUCAGAGUCGACACAUCUGUUACAGCCGACAGUAACCCAAAUGCAUUUACUGGCCGCUUCUCAGUUCGAAUUGAGUCCAAGACGCAAUACAAUGACGGUCUAUUCAUCUUCGAUAUUGUCCACACACCAAUUGGUUGUGCUACAUGGCCUGCACUGUGGCUAAGUGAUUCAAACAAUUGGCCAACAAAUGGAGAGAUCGAUAUCAUGGAGGCGGUCAACGUUGUGAGCUCUACAAAGAAUCAGAUGACCCUCCAUACUACUUCAGGCUGCUCCAUGGAUGUCAAACGUAAAGAAACUGGAAAAUCCAUUCAGUCUUCAUGCUUGAAUAGCACGAAUUCAAAUGCUGGUUGCGGUGUGCAUGACUCUGCAGGAACCUUCGGUGCGGAUUUCAACUCCAAUGGAGGUGGUGUUAUGGCGAUGGAACUACGUAGCGCGGGUAUUCGAAUGUGGCAAUUUGGACGGGAUGCUAUACCGACUGAUAUUUCAUCAGGUAGCCCAGAUCCAUCGACUUGGUCGGAAGCUACUGCCGACUUCCCUAGCACAGAUUGCGACAUUGGCAAUCACUUCAAGAACCAAAGUAUCAUUGUCAACAUUGAUUUGUGCGGAAAUUGGGCAGGUACCCAAAGUGUAUAUGAUGUUGAUUGUCCCGGUACUUGCACUGACUACGUCGCUAACAACGCAACCGCAUUCACAGAUGCUUACUGGCAAUUCAAUAACUUCACUGUAUAUCAAGCUUCGUAA